UUUUCUGUACCAAUGUCGGGAUUACUUUUCUCCUCCAAUGGUACAGGCAUUGGUAAGAUCAAGGAAGAACCAGUUGUAACCCUCAGCGUCGAGGCAAUGUUCACCCAGAUUUUGGAAGCCGUUCAUAAGCAGAGCGGUGAGCUGGCUGAGCUUCGACAGGAAUAUCACGAGUUAAAACUCGCCAACGCGGCACUCGAGCGUCAGCUUCGUGACCAGCUUCAAGGGCCCUCGGUUGGAACCCCGGGGGGAUACUUCUCUCACUUUGGCGCGAAUACGCGACCUCCAUCACCUUCGCGUCAGUUCGGCCGCAGCCCAUCCUACUUCGCGCCGACCGCUCCGCCCGCUCUAUGGGUCCCAUCGCCUAAUGGUGUUGGCGAGAAAUUCGAUCCUGGUCACAGGGAAGUUGAAGGUUUCUGGGUUGUCGUGCCCGCUGGGGGUGUAGGUUCGAGGUUGUGGCCGUUGUCGCGCGAGGCUCACCCCAAAUUCUUGCUCGAUCUUACCCAAUCAGGAAGAAGUUUGAUUCAAGCCACAUGGGAUCGUCUUCUCCCUAUAUGUUCGCCUAGUCGUCUCAUGAUUGUCACUGGGCGUGCUCACGCAUCGGGCGUUUCCUCUCAACUUCCUGACUUAGUUCCCCACAAUCUCUUAUGUGAGCCUAGCCCAAAGGAUUCUGCAGCUGCUAUCGGCCUUUCGGCAUAUGUCUUAGCACGCCGGGACCCUACGGCUGUGAUGGGUUCUUUUGCGGCAGACCACAUGAUUUCUGGUGAUGAAGCAUUCCUAAGUGCUGUUACCGAAGCUGUUGCUGUCGCGCGACAUGAUUAUCUCGUUACGAUCGGUAUUGCACCCUCUCAUCCUGCCACUGGUUUUGGCUAUAUCCGAUUAGGAGAGUCUCUCGAGCUCAAGGAGGCGCCUAAUGCUAGACGUGUGUCUCAGUUCAAAGAAAAGCCCGACGCUCGCACUGCAUCCCAAUAUCUGAGUACAGGUAAUUAUCGUUGGAACGGUGGUAUGUUCGUCGCGAAGGCACAGAUGCUUGUUGAGCUCUUGAAGGAGAAUUCCCCAGAGUUGCAUGCUGGGUUGGAAAAGAUUGCGGAGGUUUGGGAGGAUGAGAAAGAGAGGGAACGGGUUCUCGCUGAGGUUUGGCCGUCAUUGCCCAAGAUUGCCAUUGAUAAUGCGGUGGCGGAGCCGGCGUCUGUUGCAGGCAAGGUCGCAGUCGUGCCCGCUACUUUCGGUUGGGAUGAUGUUGGUGAUUUUGGCUCCCUCAGUGACCUUCUCCCUGCGGAACGCAACCAAGCUCGUGUUCUUGGCGAUCCUUCUCUUGUCCUUCUCGAACAAGUUGCGGGUGGCAUCGUCGUUCCUGCUGCAAACCGUCUUGUCGCUUGCCUUGGCGUCGACGAUCUCGUUAUCGUGGACACUCCCGAUGCUCUUCUUGUGACGACACGUGCGCGAUCGCAAGAGGUGAAAAGAGUCGUCAAAUCUUUGAGCAAUAACGGGUACAAGCAGCUGUUGUAAAUAAUGGACUUCGCCCUCGAGCCGCUGCAGGGGACCACCUUUGCUUGU